GGCUUCCGGCUUCUCGGUCCCGGGUGGUGCGCCGUGAUGCUCACUAACAAACCACAGAAACCAGCAGAGGGGUAAUCUUAACUGGGGCGCGGGGCAUUCAAGCGCUCCACGAACUAGGCAUGGAGCACCCCGCAAUCUCGCAUGCAGGGUGCAAGUGAUCCCGUGGACGCACCGUCGGCCCGGAAAAGAGAGCUAACUGCAUGAUCCUCUCCUUUCCUGAGGGUUUAAAAGGAGACUUGGACGUCCUGUGUGGUUCUCGGGCCAUAAUCCUGCUCAGCAUUCCAAAGCGACAUCACCAACCGCAAGCACCAUGGCGAAGCCCGAUAACCUUCCCGAGAUGGAGUACCGCUUCCUGGGCCGCUCCGGGCUGCAGGUCUCGGCCAUAUCGCUGGGCGGCUGGCUCACCUAUGGCGGGCACGUCGACCGCGAGGGGACGUUCGCCUGCAUGAAGGCUGCCUACGACUGCGGCAUCAACUUCUUCGACUGCGCCGAAGGGUACGCCGGGGGCGAAUCGGAGAAGGUCAUGGGCGAGGCCAUCAAGAAGUUCGGGUGGAAGAGGAACGACCUCGUCAUCUCGACCAAGCUCUACUGGGGCGAUGCCUUCAGCGACAGCAAGGUAAACAACCGUGGCCUGUCCCGGAAGCACAUCAUCGAGGGCAUGAACAUGUCCCUCGAGAGGCUGCAGCUGGACUAUGUCGACCUGAUCUUUGCCCACCGGCCGGACCGCCACACGCCCAUGGAGGAGACCGUGCGCGCGUUCAACCACCUGAUCAACACGGGCAAGGCGCUGUACUGGGGCACGUCUGAAUGGAACGCCGACGAGAUCGCGCAAGCGUGGCGGUACGCCGACAAGUUGGGCCUGAUCGGGCCUGUGAUGGAGCAACCGCGGUACAACAUGCUGGAGCGCAUCCAGGUCGAGCGCGAGUACGCCCACCUGUACCGCGAGGUCGGCCUCGGCCUGACGGUCUUCUCGCCCAUGCGGCAGGGCAUCCUGUCGGGCAAGUACAAGAACGGCAUCCCGGACGGGUCGCGGUUCGCGCAGACGCAGGUCGAGUUCAUCGCCGGUUUCUGGAAGCGGACGGGCAAGGAGGAGUUCCAGGCCAUGGCGGACCAGGUCAGCAAGCUGGAGCCCAUCGCGGAGCGGCUCGGCAUCAAGCAGAGCGUGCUGGCGCUGGCGUGGGUGCUGGCGAACCCCAACGUGAGCUCGGCCAUCACUGGCGCGAGCAGCCCGGCGCAGGUCUACGAGAACAUCGAGGCCGUGCGGGCGUACAAGAAGCUGACGCCCGAGAUCAUGGACGAGAUCGACAGCAUCCUCAACAACAAGCCGCCUGAGGUCACCAUGAGAUACUAGUCGGGCUGGAAUUAACGUUCAGAAAACAAAACACAAAAAUAAAGUGUAAUUGAAGUGCAUCCACCUCGAUGGUUUUAUCAGCUGGCGGAAAAUGAACGGUGGCCGUUGAUGCAGUCAGUGGAAAAGUAAAAUCGGCCGAUUUUGGCGGAGUGACAG